AUGGCGGGGAAUCUAACUCAAGUGAGGGUCACUAGUUGGGGGCGUUUUGCUAACCCUUGGUCAACUUGGGAUGACGUACGUUUUCGCACUGCGUUUGCCCUCUUUUUUACCCCCGGGGAUGUUGAUUGGUGUCCUUCGCCUUCUGAUCCUCGACUUGAUUCUCAACUACCCGUCUAUCGGCCCAAAUUCGAAGUGAACAGUGAUGAAGUGCGUGUUACCUGGCUUGGACACUCCUCCGUGCUAGUCUACAUCGAUGGUAUCCGUGUUCUCUGUGAUCCUAUCUUCUCUGAGCGCUGCUCACCUUUCCAACACUUUGGGAUACGUAGAUAUCGACCUUCUCCCUGCAAGGUGGAGGAUUUACCACAUAUUGAUGCAGUUGUCAUAUCGCAUAACCAUUACGAUCAUCUAGACGUGAACAGUGUUCGUGACCUUAGCGACCGCUUCCCUCAAGCCUACUGGUUCGUUCCCAGUAAGUGCCGUGGCUUCAUUCUUAACACUGUUAAUCAACCCAAUGAGAGUCGUGUGCAUGACUUUCUCUGGUGGGAGGAGCGUCCAAUCGGCGACACUAGCGUCAAGGCCGUCUUUACACCAACUCAGCAUUGGUCAGCACGAAACCUUGUAUUUGACAGCUUUGCUACACUCUGGGGAAGCUGGGCCCUGAUCGGACCCAAACAUCGUGUCUGGUUUGGUGGUGAUACGGGUUAUUGUGAUGCUUUCAAAGAAAUCGGUGGGUAUCUUGGUCCGUUUGAUGUGGCCGCUAUUCCGAUAGGAGCUUAUGAACCUCGGUGGGUUUUAAAGACCCAACACGUGAAUCCAUGGGAGGCUGUGGAAAUCCACAAGGAUAUCAGGGCCAAGCAUUCAGUUGGCAUCCACUGGGGUACAUUUCCUCUUACUAGAGAGGCCUUCAUGGCACCAAAAAUGGAUUUGGAGAAGGCGGUGCAGGCUGCAGGUCUAUCUCCCUUUGAAUUUCGGACAAUUCAUCAUGGCCAGUCGUUUUGCUUCCAUCAUGAUAGUGAAGACAAUGGCUCCGUAGUGUAA